CGARUGGCAGCACAAAUUAUUUCUGUGCUUUCUGGUAUUUCGUCUGCCCGCGAUUGAAAGAGACCAUCCUAUCCGGUUCCAAAAGCAGCGUCCAUUGUUGAGGUCCAGCUGAUAAGACUAAAUUGCGAUACGCUCCGCAAGCCAGAUACUAUCCUACUGCGUCAUCCUUUGAGCCGAGAAACAAUCCCAGUCCCAGUCCCAAACCAAACCAAACCAAUUCGAACCAUGUUGUACAGAUCGCUAGCGCAAGCCUCUUUUCGCUUCUCCGCGCCCCGGAACCGGCUUCCGGGGCAGGCCCUCGCGCGGGGCCUCUUUGCGGGCCCGACCCCUCCGCUCCCGAGCGCGAGCGGCGUCGACGACGACGAGGAGGCGCCCUGGAACUCGGUGGAGGGAGUCUACACCGAGGCCGGCGACGAAUGGGACGGGUGCCGCCGCAACUUUAUGGCGCCGAUCGAGAUCGGGACGCGCGGGGCGGACAUCCUGCACAAUCCCUUUUUCAACAAGGGGACGGCCUUCAAGUCGGAGGAGCGGGACCGCCUGCGCUUCCGGGGCCUCCUGCCGCCCCGGUUCAACAACAUCUCGAUGCAGAAGGCACGCUUCCUCAAGGCCCUCCGGUCCAUCGAKUCGGACAUCCAGAAAAACAUCAAGCUGGAGGACCUCCACGAYACGAACGAAACCCUGUACCACCGGAUCCUCGUGGACCACAUCGAGGAAAUGGCUCCGUUGAUCUACACCCCCACGGUCGGACAGGCCUGCCAGGAACUCAGCCUGCGCUUUCGCCGACCCCGGGGAAUGUAUUUCACCGAGCAGGACAGGGGGCAGAUGGCAUCGAUGUAAGUUCUCGCGCACCGUGCCGGUUCGUGGCGUGCCACGGGCGUGGCCUCGUCGAAAACAKCGAUCGAGUWUGUCUGUGGUGGCUAUCGAACACCACACCAGAUCGCGAUUGAAAUWGGCUCACGGCAUUUAUYGAACAUCGUCUCGCKUUUKUUUCUUUUUCUUUCUCCAAAACACCACACCAAACUAACAGGGUCUACAACUGGCCCCAAAAGGACGUUCGUGUCAUCGUCGUCACGGACGGCAGCCGGAUUCUCGGAUUAGGRGAUUUAGGAGCAAAUGGUAUGGGAAUUCCGAUCGGGAAACUCUCAYUGGUGAGUGUUGCAUUCAGGCAUCAUCGUUGUGGAUASUGCGGAGUCGCGAUCGCUUSAUGUGGCACUAYCGUCGUAUCGCUAGUAUGCUGCGCAUGGCUUYUACGUUUUGCCKUGUCYGUUCUCACCAUUUGCGUGUUCUUUCUGGAAACAGUACUGUGCGGCCGGUGGUAUCCCCCCCCAUCGYGUCCUCCCCGUCGUUUUGGAUGUGGGUACCGACAACGAAGAACUGUUGAACGACGAAUUCUACAUUGGUGUCGGUAAAAAGCGCCUGAGGGGAAAGGAGUACUACCAUUUGGUGGACGAAUUCAUGAAUGCGGUUCGGUAUCGAUGGCCCAAUGUUCUCGUACAGUUCGAAGAUUUUGACAGCUCCGUGGCACAGCGUCUGCUCGACAAGUACCGAGAAGAUCACCUGUGCUUCAACGAUGACAUUCAAGGAACAGGUGCAACGGCACUUGCUGGAUUGUUGGGAGCGCUUCGAGCGAAGGGAGAAGACGUGAACUCACUCGGUGAACAGAGGAUCGCGAUCGCCGGAGCCGGCAGUGCCGGGAUUGGAAUUGCGCAGGUCCUUUACGAGGCGAUGCUGGAACAGGGGUACAGCGAAGAAAAGGCCAAGGAUGCAUUUUACAUCGUAGACCAAAAGGGGUGAGUUCGAUCACGAAACCAUCGUUCCGAUGCACUUUUGUGAACUUGAAGCAGGCGAAAAAGAAAUAUGCAACGUCGUGUGUUCUAAUACGUGAAUUCUUUUUGGCUUUCUUGUGUACGCCCUCUGUUGGUGUGAUACAGAAUACUUGGAAAAGACAGAGCGGACGAACUCAAUGCGGAACAACUGGUAUUUGCGCGAGACAAAGACAACGAACUCCCUUUGAUUGAUGUUAUCAAGAAGUACAAGCCUACAAUUUUGUUGGGUGUAACAGCCGUGGGAGGAAUUUUCACGGAAGAGCUUGUGAAGGAAAUGGCAAGUCAYGUAGACAAACCUAUUAUAUUCCCUCUUUCCAACCCCACGGUAAAGGCCGAGUGCACCGCGGCAGACGCUUAUAAAUGGACGAACGGAAACCUAGUGUUUGCAUCUGGUUCACCGUUUGACCCCGUGGACAUGGGGGAUGGACGAGUUUUCAACAUUUCUCAGUGCAACAACAUGUACAUUUUCCCGGGUCUUGGCUUGGGAGCAUCUUUGUGUGGGGCAAAGAGAGUUACGGACCGAAUGCUCUACCUCGCAGCCAAAGGUAUGUCAAACAAGAGUGUCGUAUUGUGCGCAGCAAUGCCUUGUUGGAAUUGACCCAACCCAUCUUUGAAAUCGUCCUUUUGUUCCCUGCUCAUGUUUUUCUAUYAUUUGUUCGCCAACUGUGCUCGCCCCCGACUCGGAUGUUUUUGUCAGCCCUCGCUGAGUGUCUGACGCCCGAGGAGGCCGCCGACGGACAAGUCUUUCCCCACAUCUCUAAGAUUCGCAGCGUUUCUCACAAAGUUGCGGUAGCAGUCAUCGAAGAAGCDAUUGCGACUGGACUGGCAACCAAAAUCUCUGCGGACGAGAGGAAGGAUGUUUCAGGAUAUGUGUCGAGAAAGAUGUACUUCCCCGAAUAUGUUCCUCUCAUCGAGAAGCGAACURUUUCGAUCUAAUUGUAUCCAAUGGAACACAACAUGGAGGUAGUACAGAAUUGAAAUCUAGGGUAGCUUCUAGAAAACGUCACUUUCCGACACUCAAUUCAUGGUUUUUGUGGCAUCUUGAAAGAUCGAUGUCGCUACUUCGAAAAUUGCAUCAGAUCUGCUACUCGGUGAUUUUCAUCGAAGCGGCUUAAUUUUUGAAUCUUAAUAAUUUUUAACACCUGCA